AUUGACUCCGCGGAGCGUCAACUGACCGACUCGUAUCAGUACCUUGUGGAGGAUGCACGAAAAUUGCGCGACUUCUACACCAAAGGAGAUGUGAAAGACGAGCUCUACCGCCGAUUUCUUGGACAGGCUUUUGUAGUUGCCACUGAUGCAAGGGUCCUCUUUCAAUCCUUCCAACAAUGUCGUCAGGCGCAUUUUCUUCUCACUGCACAUCAUUGA